AUGUCAUCUUAUUCGGCCAAUACUCCUAAAGUAGCACUUAUAACGGGUACAAAUGGGAUUUCCGGUUCUGCGUUAUUGAAACAGCUUGCUAAGAAUCCGAUAUGGACCCAAAUCCACGCUCUCUCCCGACGACCCCCUCUCCCGGGGUCCCACCCCACCGACCCACGCAUCAAACACCACACACUCGACCUCACUCUCCCAACAGAAGAAAUCGCAUCAGCGCUUUCCUCGAAAAAUCUCACUAAUAUUACGCAUUUUUUUCACUAUGCGUAUAUUCAUACUGAUUAUGAUCAUGCGCAGCAUUUGGAGAAGAUGACGAGGGAUAAUGUGCCGCUUUUUACGAAUGUACUUACGGCUGUUGAUUUGACUUCGAGGGAUACUUUACACCGCGUGAUCCUCCAAACAGGCGGGAAAAACUACGGUCUACUCACCUCACCACCGGCAUCCGAGCCCCUGAGCGAAGAUGCUCCCCGGGUGACUGAUCCACGUUCACUCCCCAACUUCUACUACCACCAAGAAGACUACCUCUUCUCCCUCAGCUCGACCCGCCCCUGGACCUGGAACAUAACCAUGCCCUUCUGGAUUUCGGGGUACAGCCCGCUCUCCCUCCAAAGCUGGACCACCACCGCAGCAAUCUACUUCAGCAUCUGCCGGGUCCUCUCACAAGCGGCCACAUUCCCCGGCGGAAACGACGAAUACUACGGAAAAUGGCUCAAGGGGCAACAUUUCAGCAGUUCCUGGGUCGUAGCCGAAUUUACCGAAUGGAUCGCCUUGAAUGAGGAUGGUGCGGUGCAGAAUCAGAAAUUCAAUAUUGUAGAUGAUACGGUUACGACGUUUCGGGAUGUGUGGGAGGGGAUUGGGAGGUAUUUUGGAGUGGAGACGAGAGUGCAGAGGGGAUAUGAUUUGAUGGGGGAAGUGAGGGGGAUUGAGAGGAAAUGGCCGGAGAUAGUGGGGAGGUAUGGGGGGAGGGAAGAUGUUUUGGGUAUGUGUACUUGGGAUGCGUUUGUGCAUGCGAUGGAUGCGGGGGAGUGGGGGAGUGUGGUUAGUAUGGAGAAGGCGAGAAAGGUGGGGUGGACGAAGAAGGUUGAUACAAUUAAGGAGAUGGAGAAGAUUUUUGAUGAGAUGAAGAAGGAUGGGUGGAUUCCGAAUGUUUAG